UGACCCGUCAGUUCACCUGCUUCUCCAUCAACCAUGUUUCCUGCAGCUCUGCUGCUGCUGUUGGCAGCUGGAUCCAGUGUGAAGUGUGAACAGCUGACACAGCCAGACUCUGUGACUGUGCAGCCAGGUCAGCAUCUGACCAUCACCUGUCAGGUCUCUUAUUCUAUGACCAGCUACUACACAGCUUGGAUCAGACAACUGCAGAAAGGACUGGAGUGGAUGGGAUAUUCAUGUGCUGGUUGUACUCCAGUCUACAAGGAUUCACUGAAGAACAAAUUCAGUAUUAGUGUUGAUUCUUCCAGCAACACAGUGACUCUAAACGGACAGAACCUGCAGCCUGAAGACUCUGCUGUUUAUUACUGUGCCAGAGACUACUAUGGUGCUUUUGACUACUGGGGAAAGGGUACAACUGUGACUGUCUCAUCAGCCACCUCAACUGCACCGACUGUGUUUCCUCUGGUGCCAUGUGGUUCUGGGACUGGAGACAAAGUCACUCUUGCCUGCCUGGCCACCGGCUUCACACCCUCCACACUGACAUUCAGUUGGACCAAAGACGGUACUGUCUUGACCGACUUCAUUCAGUAUCCUCCGGUACUGAAAAACGACGUCUACACUGGAAUCAGUCAAAUCCAAGUCAACAAAGCUGACUGGACCAGCGAGAACCCUUUGAAAUGUUCCGUGACGCAUGUUGGCGGAGAUGCAAAUGGAGUUCUACUGCCACCAUCACGGAAUAUUGUCCCUCCAAACAUCACCCUGUAUCCUGUCUGGGACGAUGACGAUGGCGCCUCAUCAGUCAAACUCAUCUGCACCCUCAGUGGCUAUUUUCCUGACACACUGGAGGUGCAGUGGAAAAAGGAAGAUGCAACUCUGGAUCACGGAGAACAAACCCAAACGAAGCUGCAGACAGUGAAUUCAAAAGGCUUCACGCUAAGCAGUGAGAUUAAGCCAAAAAAGGGAGAGUGGGAGAAAGGCACGAAAUAUACAUGCAAGUCCACCCACAUGGAAACGACGUUUAAUAAAACAAUAAGUAUUUGCAACUUUCAUUGGAGAACCCGUCCUUCUGUUCAAGUGGAGAUUCCCAGUUUCAACACAGUAAUGAUGGCAAAAUCUGAGGUUGAAGCCACAUGUGUAGUCAAGUUUGAUCUUAAACCAAAAGUAACCUGGCUGAAGGAUGGUGUAGAAGCAUCAAACACAAAAAUAGAGAACAAGGACAAUGGAACUCAUAUGGUCAGUAAACUGAAGGUUUUAUCCAGUGAAUGGAAACAGCUGAAGAGUGUAACAUGCAAAGCAGUGGAUCAGUGCUCCUCCACCGCUGAGAAAACUGUGAACAUUGAAAAAAAGAAUAUUGUCUCUCCAAGCAUCACCCUGUAUCCUGUCUGGGACGGUGACAAUGGAGCCUCAUCAGUCAAACUCAUCUGCACCCUCAGUGGCUAUUUUCCUGACACACUGGAGGUGCAGUGGAAAAAGGGAGACGACCCCCUAGACAGCCAAGAACAAACCCAAAGGAAGCUGCAGAGUGUGGCUCCGGAGGAAACCUACAGUCUGAGCAGUGAGAUUAAGCCAAAUAACAAGCACUGGGAGGGAGGCACGAAAUAUACAUGCAAGUCCACUCACAACAAUAAGGAAUUUACAAAAACAAUAAGUAUUUGUAAAGUUCGCGGGAGAAGCCUUCCUUCUGUGGAAGUGGAGAUUCCCAGUUUCAAGACAGUAAUGACUUCGUCUGAGGUUGAAGCCGUGUGUGUGGUCCAGUCUGCUUAUAAAGCCAAGGUCACCUGGCUGAAGGAUGCGAAUAAAGCACCGGCAACGCAAACAGAGAGCAACGCAAUGCCCAUAGUCAGUAAACUGAAAGUUUCAUCCAGUGACUGGAAACAGCUGAGGAGUGUAACAUGCAGAGCAGAGCACCCGUGCUUCCAAACCACUGAGAAAAGUGUCAACGUUAAGGGUGUGGUCACGCGUCCGUCAGUGGAGAUCCGGAGGUCGCUCACGGGUUUGGAGCAGGGAGACCUCGUGCUGCUGUGUAACGUUACAGGACUCUCCUCCACGGACCUUUACAUCACCUUCCAGGACAACAAGGGAGAGACCUCUGACCAGCUCUACGUUUACCUGCCUGAAGCUCCGGGCCUUCAUUCAGUCACCAGAGAGUGGUCUGUGAAUGCAUUGUCUGGGAUGAAGGACAGAAGUUUCACCUGUACAGUGACUCAAGACUUCACCGGCGGCGUCAAAUCAAAUUCUAUUAGUUUUGAUGCGGAGCCUUCGGUGGAUGUUUCUGCUGGUGAGGAGUCGGACCCGCAGCGACUCGUGUGCUCUGGUUCUGGCGUCAGCCCCCAAAUUCAGUGGCUCUGUGGGUCUGAGAAGGUAACCAGCAAAACAACCAGCAGCAUUAGCAUGGGUGCAGACGGACGCGUGACCGUAAGCAGUCAGCUUCCAGUCCCUGAGAACGAGUGGAAAACAGGGAGGAGCUUCACCUGUGAGGUUUCUGACAAGUCCCUCAAUAAACAGGCCACGAAGACCAUCAGUUUCUGUUCAGCCGCUCCUUCGUCCUCUCGCUUUGUCAGCGUUUAUGCCCGUGGACCACGAGCUGAGGAGCUUCUGAAGGACGAGCAGGUGACCGUCACCUGCCUGCUGGUCGGCCUCGGGCUCAAACACUUCGCCAUCACCUGGAAGGUGGAUGGGAUCGAGCAGCGUGCGAACAUCAACACAACGCAGCCCGUGAGUCACAGCAACGGAACGGAGACUCUGCAGAGUUUCUUCAAGAUUUCUGCGAAGGACUGGGACGCUUUCAAGCAGGUUUCGUGUGCGGGGAAGCACAUUUGUCCCAGCCAGAGCUAUGAGGACCACGUAAGGAAGAACACAGUGAUCUACAGUGAACCUUCAGCCACUUUGCUCCAGGGCUCACAUGAGCUCGUGUGUCUGGCCACGGGCUUCAGUCCUGCAUCCAUCAACAUCAGCUGGUCGGUGAAGAACUCCAGGAAGCCCGUCUACCACACGACGGAGCCCCACGCGGCCACAAACGGGACGUUCAGCAUUCAGAGCCAUCUCAACCUGUCCCAUAACGUGUGGUUACCCGGGGACACCAUCAUCUGCACCGUGACCCACCAAAACACCACGCUGUCCCUGAAUGUAACUAAGCCAGAUAUGCUGGGAAAGUGUCUGUUCCUGGAUGAAAUUCUGCAGGCUGACGUGUACCAGGACGUAAGCGUGGACAGCUGGUACCCCAUGGUCACCUUCCUCCUCCUGUUCCUCACGGCCGUCGUUUACAAUGUCGGGGUGACUAUGGUUAAGACUAAAUGACAGCGACCACAGGACACGUCACCAUUUUUGGACCGGUUCAUUUUGUAGUUCUUUAUUCAAUUCUAACGCAUUAAGUUUUUAUGUUUCACUUGCGUGUUGACGUUGUGCUGUAUGUGUAUUGUGCAUGUGACGACACCAAUAUAAUAAACUCUCG